AUUCGGCCAUUGGAAUCGUCCGCUCUUGAUCUUCCACACGCCCAGCUCCUUCACCGCCACGGUUCAUUCGCCCCGUCUAUUCUUGGAACCUUCCCCGCCUUCUAGUUGCUGCACAUGUUCCAUGCCAUUCCUCCCUCCUUUCACCUCCGAGUAUUUAUACGGCCUCGUGGCUCGACAGGUCCUCUGCAACAGUCAAUAGUUCUACUUCAACGCAACGCAGCACAGGCAACGUUGGUUGAUCAAGGAGCUGACCGAAUCCAGCAAUGGCGGCGAGGGCUGCAGGUACCGGCGGGCUGCUCAGAGCGACCACCGCCAAGGGAAGCCGCCUGCCGUCGUCGUCCCCGGCGGCCAGCCGGCCGUCGUACCGCAUCCCGUCUCUCAAGUUCCCGUUCCUGUGGGACACCAAGGCGAGGCAAGGGAAGAUCAGCCGCGCCGCCGAGCAGAGGGCGGCGCUGAUCACCCUGGGAGCGACCACCACCAGCACCACUGAGGAGAAGCAACGCCUGCCGGGGGAAGCGGGCAGCGUGGAUCUCUUGCUGCCUCUGGCGUACGAGGUCACCCGGAGGCUGGUGCUCCGGCAGUUGGGGGCGACGUGGCUGGCCCUUACGCGGCGUCGCUGGGCCAAGGUCGUCGAGGCCGUUAUCCACCAGGGCAUCGUCAGAUGCCAGUCGUUCACGCUCAUCGGCGUCGCAGGAUCGCUCCUCGGUUCAGUCCCAUGCUUCCUCGAGGGUUGUGGCAUUGUUCUGCAGUCCUUCUCCUUGCAGUUCCGUGCCAUGUCGCAGACGAUAGAUCACGCCGAGAUCAUCAAACUUCUCAUCGAAGCAUUAGACAUGUUUCUGAUCGGCACCGCCCUGCUCACGUUCGGCAUGGGGAUGUACGGCAUGUUCUACGGCUCCCAGCGCGUCCAGGAGCCCAUCUACGAGAGGCUGAAGAAAGGGACGAGGAUCCGGUCCGUCACGCAGGCCAAGUCGAGGUUCGGCCACGCCGUGAUCCUGCUGCUCCAGGCCGGCGUCCUCGAGAAGUUCAAGAGCGUGCCGCUCGUCACCGGCCUCGACAUGGCCUGCUUCGCCGGGGCGGUGCUCGCGUCCUCCGCCGGCGUCUUCCUGCUGUCAAAGCUCUCAGCACAUCCGCAGCCAUGCAAGCAAACCUCCUUCGCGUGAACGUUCGCGUGAACGUGUUCGAUGUCACUGCAAAACAUGCAAUAUUCAUUUGUUCUUUCAUUUCAACUUAGCAAAGCAAGAAAUAGUACUUACUAAUAGAAAAAUCAAAACCUGUGAAGCUGGUGUGCCUUUUUCGUCUUUUCUCUCACUGCCGGUAGCGGUUUAAUUUGUAGCUUGAGAGCAAUGUUAAUAAAGAUUCUCGGGGUAGAAAGAAAAGACACUACAAAAAUCA